GGUUUCGACCGAGGGUUGAUAUGGACAUCUCGAUUCCUCCAUUGGCAACUUCUGCAGAAUCUGUGGCCUUUCAGGUCGCCGUCCUCCAUCAGACACUGCCCUUCAAUGCGGUUCAUGUACAAGCCAUUCAGCUCUGUUUAACAUCCGAGAGACCGAGAUCUAGUAUCUAGAUUCUUAGUAGACCGUUGGCGAGGUCAUUUGUGAUCGCCUCCGAAUCUCCAAUGGCACUCAAUGCCCCCAUCGAUCCCUCGACGAUCUGCAGAAGAUGCCUAACGCGCCUUGCACGACCCCGGCUCACCGGAGACAGACUCUGGACGAGAAGAAGUAAAACAGGCAUCACAGGGACCUCUUCACUACGCCAGACAUUUGUGAGCCUGCCUCGCAAGCAAUCUGAUCAUGACCAAAGCGGUAUAAUUGGAGGAGAGUCCCGUCGUGCGAACCGGGAUUUCUUCCUGGCAAAUUCGGCGUUUAAGGAGCUUCUGAGCGGACAAAUGAAGAGCAGGGAGUCCAGUGAUUCCGGUAAUGGAAAGAAUUUCUUUACCGGGAAGGUGGUGGGCAGUGGGGAGAUAACACGAUCGCAUGGCAGUAUAGGUGUGGGAGACACUCCGACACACGUAUCAACUCCACAAUCCCAGGAUUUACCACACCGAAGAAGGCAGCGACAAAAAGCACUAGCCGCGCAGCAAGACGCCGAGCAAACAGCCGAACAGGACCUCCCUGCCGAUGCCCCUUCAAAGCUCACUACCCUCUCCGCUUCCCUUCCGGAGCACUCCUUCAAACGUUCGAUGUCGACGUACCUCGCGCUCGCCAAACCGCGCCUAUCCUUCCUCAUCGUCCUCACCACGACGACCGCCUACUCUUUAUACCCUACCCCCGACUUCCUUGCCGCCGCAUCGGGUUCGCCCUCCCUGAACGCCCUGACCCUCCUCCACCUCACUACCGGAACAGCCCUCUGCUCUGCUUCCGCGAACGCCCUAAAUAUGCUAUACGAGCCCCUCUCCGACGCCAAAAUGUCACGCACGCGAAAUCGGCCGCUCGUCCGCAACCUGAUCACCCCGUCUCGCGCGCUCCUGUUCGCCGGCGCGUCUGCCCUCACCGGAGCCACCCUUCUAGCCCUCGGCACCAACCCCGUCGUAACCGGUCUCGGCAUCCUCAACAUCGUCGUCUACGCCGGCAUCUACACCCCCCUCAAACCCCUCUCUGCAAUCAACACUUGGGCCGGCGCCAUCGUCGGCGCCAUCCCUCCUCUAAUGGGCUGGGCCGCCGCUGCCGGCGAGUGCGCCACCACGCCGCUCAGCACCAUCACCGCGGCGUCGUCCACGCUCUCCGAUCGCCUCCUGGACGGCUUCGGCUUCAUCUCGGGGUUCCAGACUCUGUUGACGGGGGCCGAUAGCGCGGGAGGGUGGUGUCUCGCCGCGCUGCUGUUCGCAUGGCAGUUUCCGCAUUUUAACGCGCUGGCGCACCCAAUUCGGAAUGAGUAUCGGCGGGCGGGGUUGCGGAUGCUGGCGUGGAGUAAUCCGGCGCGGAAUGCGCGGGUGUCGUUGCGGUAUUCGAUGGUGCUGCCCGUUACUUGUAUCGGGUUGACAGCGGCCGGGGUGGUGUCGUGGCCGUUCGUCGUGCUCUCUGCGCCGGUGAACGUCUGGUUGAUGAAGGAGGCAUUCUCGUUUUGGCGGCAGGGAAAGAAGCAUGGGUCAGAGAGUAAGCAGGUGACGAAGGCGGCGCGAGGACUGUUUUGGGCAAGCGUUUGGUAUUUGCCGAUGGUGCUGGUGUUGGCGAUGGUUACUAAGGUGGGGCUGUGGGAUGGGGUGAAGGCUCGAUUGGCGAGACUGUUUGGAUGGAGCGACGACGAUGAGUUAUGGGAUCUGGAAGAUGAUGAAUAGUUAGAGUUGCCAUAUACUGGUUAGCGGUCAAUUAACAAAUUCCGCC